AUGCACGCGUGCGAGCGCUGUUACUCGCGGAAGACAAAGUGCGACCGCCGCCUACCAGAAUGUGGCUCGUGCAUUAAAAGCCGAUCCCUGUGCCAUUACCCUAAUAAACGUCGAGAUCGACAGCUGCAGCAGGAGCAUCUGAAGUCGGUUGAGCUGCGGCUAAAAGAGUUGGAGAAUGAGAACGAGCGACUCAGAGGAAGGGCGUCUUCACAGACAGAACCCUUUGAUAUAUUAGACGAGACCUUCCGGUCGCAUCAAUUGGGGCCCAACGGCCGCCAACCCACGCCGGAUCAACAGGAUGUAACGGAAUCUCAUAAUGUCGAAGUGCAGCAGUCGCCAGAACAAUCAGCAAGUUCUGUUCAACAAACUCCCAGUGAAGAAGCCCGCUAUCUCGGUUCUAGCAACGGCGUAGAUUUUGUCGAUGUCGUUGAACGGGUUGUUGAUUCUUCCCACGCUACGAGUGGCUUAUUCGGGCGAGUCACAGAUAGCUAUCGCAUUGUUGAUAGAGUCGCGUUCCCUUCUAUUCCUCAGACUGCAAAGCUUGUAGACAGGGAAGUGGCAAUGCCGUUGAUCAAUUCAUACUUUGCCCAUUGGCAUAUGAUAUUUCCGCUGCUCUAUCGGCCCGGAUUCAUGCAAAUGGUGCACCAGAUAUAUUCCGAUCCGGAUUUCUAUCAGCAGAAUUCUGCAUGCGCCUUCGCCUUCGAUAUUGUUUUGGCUUUGGGUUCGGUUCCAUCAAAAAGAGUUGAAUGGAGUUACCGCGACGUAGAGUCUCAUUCCGCCAGGGCAUUGACACGUUUGAAUGAGGUGUCGAGCCUACGCGAUAUACGAUCAUUACAAGCGUUAUUAUUAUAUUGCAUAUACGGAAUCCACGCUAGUCUGCGCGAUACUUCCCGUGAAAUGUGGGAGACUCUUGGUAAAGCAACUCGUUUAUGUGUGGAAAUCGGCUUGCAUCACAAAAUUUCGAAGGAUUUAAUGAGAUGUCAGCUACAUAUCACUGGUCCCAUACCUGCGUCGGUGCAAGUAGAGAUGCAACGCCGAUGCUUUUGGUGUUAUCACAAUUUGGAAAGAAUUGUGAGCAUCUCUCUCGGACGGCCCCUUGCUCUUCACGAUGAUGAUAUCCAAGUGCAGUUACCAUCUGUAGCGGAUGAUGAAGCUCUUGAUCGAGCCUCUAGGGAUAUGCCGCUUUCUCCUUCGAACACAACAUCUCCAUUUGUGAUGCACAUCCUGCUACGCAAGAUUCAAUCCAAAAUACAUCGAUCCAUGUAUACUAGUCAGUCGAUACAAGCACUUCCCAUGCAUGAACGACAAGCAAUCAGAAGGGAGAUAUUCAAUGAGCUUCAACUAUGGCAAAGCAACAUCUCUCUUCUCAAUUUGCCUCCAAAAGAUAACCUUUCUGCCACCACAUCCUCCUAUCUGCAUCCGAGUUGGUAUCAGGCUUUAUACCAUAGUGGCUGUCUCCUACUCUUCCGGCCAUCUGCAACCUUUCCAGCAACAGAAGGCCUCGAAUCAUAUGAAGAUAUGGAUGACGUACCACAAAUGAUUUGGAAUUCGUCUCGUCUCGUAUUAUCUCAUUACUACGAACUUUUACGGGACCGGCAUUUGAAUUAUUCGUGGGUUUGCCUAUAUACGAUUUUCAUGGCCGGUCUGGCCAAUACGUACAGCGUCGGCUGCUGUGCACAGAGGCGAAAACGGGGCAUAAUGGCCUUUUUACCGUCCUUUUUUGACGUCGUGUCCGAUGUUCGCGACUGUUCCAAUAUCCUAACAGCAAUCUGUGAGAGAUGGGAUGAUGCGCGGGGCUCGUGUGAUAUUUUCAAUCGGUUGAGCAUGAGCGCUUUGAAGGAGCUUGUUGCAUCAACAAGCUUCCAUCAAAGAACCAUUCCAGUGUCUGGCAAUAACCAGACGAACGCAGAGUCUACAUCGGUGACUUUUGAAAAUGGAGGCGUGCGACAACCUACAGUGAACGGUCGGCGUUUGACACCUCAAACACUUCCUUCACCAGGGUUUCCCGACGCGGCGAUGCAUCCAGAUCAAUAUGGAAACGACUCUUUUUCAGCUUUUGAUCCAAUUGUUGAUUUUCAACAGAUAUUUCAAGAAAUGCAAGAUACUAUCAACACUAGCGGACCGCCACAGACUAAUGAAGUCAUGUUAGGCUUCUCACAAGAGUGGUUCGGAAGGUAA